UAUCGAUACAGACAAAUUGUCUCUAAAUAGCCGCUUUCUGUUAGUUUUUAGUUUGAUUUUAUUUCAGGGUUUUCCUGCGUUAGCUCUAAUCCUUGGGCUGAAAGAUGAUACUAGCCCCUAAGUGCCUCUUGUAAAUAACACAAAUCAACCGAGAUACUAAGGUACUGACGACCAGGAAUGGUAAGAUAGGUAUUCAAGACCUGCUCCAGGUCCUAAAACCGCCCAAAUUACGGCGAUGUUACGGCCUGAAGUAGACUCUGUUCUAAAAUGCCUUAGGAAGUACUCUCUGCGGUUUCAGUUGAACAGUUCAUUCAUAGUUAUAAAUUAUGCAUUCCUUAGUCGCUGUCUUUUGUUGCAUGAAGUAAAAUAAAGUAAACAAAAAUACACAUAUUUUUAGAAUAUUCUCUCGUGAUCGACAAAACAACUCCUUAUUUGGCAUCUCUAUUAUGCAUCAUUUGAUAAUUACCUCCGUACGUGUCAAGUAAACAAGGACGCAUUACACACCAACUGUAAGGCAUUUAUACCAGCAAAGAUGUUUUGUCUUUUAAUAUCUAUCUUGCUAGGCCUCGGUUUAACAAGUAUUGAAGUAAACGCUAUCCCUUGAGAAGCUACAUUGAAGUCGCUGAUCUUAAUUACGAGUUUAAAGUGAGGGAUUGUGGUGGAUGGCAGCCAUUGGAAGUUUUGAUGAAAAAUCGCUCAGCAGUCGUGAGAUAUUACUCAGAUAUAUCUCACAGCUCAGAAGUUCUAAGGCACCACUACAAAAGUUACUACUGUAACUGGCACUCUCCCUGGUACUCAUUAUGUGGUAUUGACAAUAUUCGCUUCUCUUUCCAUGUCAUUUUACAAAAACUGAUAGGUCUGAAUGUACAGAAUUGGAGGCCUGAUUUACAACAAUCCAAACCUGGUGAAGUAACUGUUAAUUGGGAUCCUUUGACGUUGCCAUCAAAGAGCUAUGUUGUUGUGCCGUUGUAUAACUCUACUGCGAAAGGGGAGCCAUUCCUGUACAUCAUUGAACGUAGAAACAAAACUUCGCUAGCGGUGGAAUACCUUGAACCAGCUACAUCAUACACGUUCAAAGUCUUUGCUUUCGAUUCUACGAACACAGGGUCCUUGAUCGAAAGCACUACAUGGUCUCUUGCAAUGAAAAAUGACACUUUGAGACUUGUUGGUGGACAGGUAUCCAACGAGGGAAGAGUGGAAGUAUUCAAAAAUGGUUCAUGGAAUAAGAUAUGCUUUUUUUCUUACCGUAACAAUAGCAAGGAUUAUGUUAUUUGUCGCUCUUUGAGUCUACCAAGUCCUCCUCAUCCUAUAUAUUCCCAAACAUUUCAGGAUACGUCAUUUCCAGUGCAUUUUCUAAAGAAAAAGUACCGUUGUAAUGGAAAUGAGACAGGUCUCGAGGAAUGUGCAACAAGUAUUGAUACACAAUCAAUGUGUCAGCGGAAUCCCCGUUAUCAAGCUGAAGUUGUAUGUGGUCACCCACCAGUCUUUUAUCAAAAUAUCACUAAGAUGACUGGUGUUAUUACAAGUCCUGGAUACCCAUCAUCCAUGAUGCAAGCCGAUUAUCGCUGGACAUUCAUGCCAAAUUUGACUCAUGGACAUGUUGUUAUAUAUUUUGAAAAGCUGUAUUUAGGAAGAUGGUGGCCUGAUUAUGGUUACAGUAGAGUUUACAUCCAGGAAUCACUCCCAGACAAAGUGAAUCGCAAUUGCGUAUAUCGCAGACUUGUGACAGUGAAAAGCUUACCAGUCCAACUUCAGUUCUAUUCCUCGUCUUCCACUCGUCGAUUAAUUACUAAGCACAAUACACAGGGGAUGCGAGCAAGAUUCUUUACUUACAGUGAGCCAGUACCGACGCUAACAAAUUGGGUGAUCUCACUAUCAAGCCACAGCUAUAAGAGCAUCACUGCUAACUGGACACAGGUACCUGUUACAGGCUACGAUGUUUUGGGAUUCUUGAUAUCCUGUAACUCAACACAAGAUUGGGUUAACAAAUCAUCUCACGAAUUCGGAGAAAGCAAUUCAACAUCUGCGACUUUAAGUGGGCUGAUUGGGUACACUAACUAUGACGUCCACGUCUUGGCCUUGUUAAGAAAAGGGAGGAACGGUACCAUUGCGGCAUACCGCAGCUCAGAGACGUCUAUAACAACUCCAGAAUCAUCUCCAAUUUGGGGACCUCAAGGACUUUAUUUCACUAAUAUCACAUCAAAUACAGCAGUAAUUGGAUGGAAGGAAAUUCCCAGAAAAUAUACCCAUGGUGAAGUUCUUGGGUAUACUAUACUACUAUAUAAUUGUUCCACUCCCUAUCAUCAAAAACAAAUAGUAGUCUAUGAUACAUCAGUGGUUUUAACAGAUCUUUCCCCUGCGAUCCAAUAUUGUGUGGAGAUUCGAGGCUACACUUCAGCUGGAGCAGGACCAUCUACACGCCGUUCCUUUUCAACAAAAGGCAUAUCUGUCGAGGAGAAACCAACCACUGGACCUCCACCCAAGCCACCAACACCCUCCAAAGAAGAGCUUCGUAAUUCGGUCAAGGUUACAAUUAAAGAACUCAAUAUUUUUGAGUGGAAUCAGCAGCUCGACCUUAAGUUUAAAAGGAGUGUAGCCCAUGAAGUGACUGCAUUCUGUGUGAAGAAUAGCAUUUGUCUUCCACCGAAAGGACGUAAAAGGCGCACUGAAAACAACUUCAUUAACUUUACUUCAGACCAAGUAAACCUUGUUGGUUUCCCAAUACAACUCUCUAAUGCAUCAUCUGGUAGCAUGAACGCUCUUGUAGCAUUUUACGUCAAAUUUCCACCCGGAGUCUCUUCAAAUCACAGUGACUCUAUUGACGGUGCUAUACUCGUCGAUAUCAUAAACGGUUCACUGGGUAAUAUCGGUAAAGACAUUGGAAAGACCUUGCUGUCCGUAUCCAGAUACCAGACUCAAACUGCAGUUACCACAGAGUCUCCCAAAACGACUUCUUCUGGAUUUGGUCCAAAAGAAAGAAGCUCAAUGGCAUAUAUAAUUGUUGGAUCAAUUGGUGGUGCAAUAGUUCUUAUUGUACUAUUGUUUGCAGCAAUAAGUUACUGUAACAGACGAACUACAAAGAAAUAUUCCACUAGAGAAGAACAUACGACUAAUGUCGAGAUGAACAAAUACCACCAGUUUGACUUGUAAGGAAAGUUCAAGACAUACUUCAAAUGAAGAGGCUCACAUGUUAUACUGCUUAUUAGUAUCCCAUCUGCUCAAAAAUCGAUACUAAAUACUUGAGGCUAUAAUAUGAUUCAAAGUUUUGACAUAAACGAUUAGUAAAAGCACACAGUACACCUCCUCCUUCCCGGUUACGGGCCUGAAACCAGCGAAUUGCAAAUUGAAUCGUCUCAUCUUAAUACCCAUAAUCAUUUUGCAUUUAUAUAUUUUAUUUUUGCAAAAUAAAAUCACGAUGCAAUAAGACAAUAGCAAACACAAAUAUAAAUUGUAAACAAUGAAUAUGCAAUAUGAAUUUUUAGAACAUAACAAUCACAUCACAGAAAAAAUAAAUAAAUAAAAGAAUGGUUUGAUUCUUGUGUUCAUUUUUCAUAGCUCUGAUAUUUUUGAUCAUUUUAGAUUCUGCACUUUUGCUGGUGGAAACUUGGAUAAUUCAUUUUUGUUUCGAUGAUGAAAGUUUUAGAUGCAAAUAAAAUAUUUUUCUUUCGCUUUCAGGAAACAGGAUUAAUUAUCAUAACUUCUCGUGGAAUAGCUAUUUUUUGUUUGCUUUUUAUUAUUAACGGCUCUAAGAUUGCAUUUUCUUUUGCAACCUUUUAUUUUAUUUACCUUGCUUUGCUCAGUGCGAGAGGCGUUACAGAGAGAGGAUGCCCUAGCCUUAGCAAGAAGAACUUUCCUUGAUUAAGCGUGGUUGUGUCGGGAGCGGAUUUCUUAUUUGACAAUUUUCCAUUUUUUAACUGAUGGAACUCAAAGCUAGGCUGAGCUUCAAUCAGAAUCGUGAACUAAAUAUUACUGAAGGGAUUAGCUAGAAAGAGAAAACUUAUCAGAACCUUAUUUAUAAGAAUUCUUCGUUUUCACUAUAUCACCACAGCGGCCAUCUUGGAAGGACUUCAUUAAAGGAUUCCCUAUUAGUAUCUAUUGGUCAUUCCAUAGCAUUCCUCCAACAUGGCUACCAGGCUUUUAUCUUUUAAGUCUCAUGGGAAUCGUUGAAAACGAUCAAUACUUUUUGCAAAAGAGCUAAACUUGAAUAAACCUGAUUGACAGCUGUUUGGGUACAUGAAAAUUUCCAGUUAAAGUGUUAGUCACUUUCUAAUAAUUACAGUGAUAUUGACGACUUACUGAGAUACGAAGUUAAAUUAARUUCUUUCAAUAGGAUUCUGAGUUGCAUAUGAGUUGUACAUUUACAUAAGCUCGAAAAAACGAAAUUGUCACCUUUAAAGGUAGAAAUACGUACAUUUAUAUUUUGAGUUUCUUGGGAAUGGUUAGUGAAUACUAUCAAUAUUUUACAUAAAGGCUAAAUCUGAAUAAACCUGUUUAGCAGCUGUUUAGGUGCAGGACAAUUUCCAGAGAAGUGUUGGUCACUUUUUAAUACAAAGAUUGAAGACUUGCGAUACGAAGUUAAAUUAGAUUAUAACCAAUAGGAAUCCGAAUUUCCUGGUGUUAAAGUAAAUGUACACAAACUUGGAAAAAAGAAAAUUGUCACCUUAGAAAGUAGAGAUACGAAGUAGGAACAACUGAAAAAUAACCUAAGCAAAAAGAAAAAAGAAAA